AUGGUUGCACCACCACUUAUAUUGUUCCCUCCAGCACCUGUCCCUGUACCUGUACAGGCAUCUGUACCUGCACAGGCACCUGUACCUGCACAGGCUAAUUUUCCGCCAGUUCAACAAUCGUUCCAAGAACCUCAACCUGUUGGUAACGAUUAUAAUAAUCAACCAGAGCAGCCACAAUAUCAAGAAUCUAAUCAACAAACUUUCCAAGAACAACCUCAGCAGAAUUUCCAAGAACAACCUCAGCAGACUUUCCAAGAACAACCUCAAGAAACUUUCCAAGAACAACCUCAAGAACAACCACAGCCUCAACAGGAACCCGAAGCACAACCUCAACAAGAACCACAAACUCAAGAACAAUUUCAACCAGAACAAGUUCAACCUGAACCGGCUGGUGAACCACCUUUAGCUUUCCCACCACCUUCGCCCGAAAACCAAGAACCCCCUCCACCGCCACCUCAACCCGAGGAACAACCAUUUGAACCUCCAAUAACUACAAUACCCCCUCCACUAGAAGUUGAACCAAUCCAACCUCCUACAAUUGAACCACCUUCUCCACCACCUCCGGAAAUAACAUCCCCACCAUCCACUACUCUUCCAACACCAACAACAGAAUCAGCUGCUGCUAUUUGUGCUCGUAAUGGUCUUCUUCGUUAUCCUCUUCCAGAAUGUUAUACAAAUGAUGAUAAAAUGAUGUGUUGUAAUCCUGAAUUGGAGGAUACAAUGAAAGACGCUUAUAAAACUCUAAUUCGUGAAAAGGGAAAUUCAACAUUUCACAGGUAA